UUGCUUGUCGGCUUCCUAUAGUAUGGUCCGCGCCGAGUGUUGCCUUAUCGGUUGUGGGGCGCUAUAGUACGAGUUGUUGCUUUGUGCCGCGGCACUCACGGGAUACUCGGGGUCUGUGUCGCGAGCUACGCGCCAGUUGCGUGACGUACGAGCGUAUACGUGCGGUGCCGUUCGCGUCCGUAGCCGUGUUUGCCAUCCGUGUCGCGGUCCCACCGCGGGCGACGUAUGCCGCUCGGUGUUAUCGGCGACGCAACGUACGCGACCUGCCCGCAAAACGGAGCGGCGUAAUCGAGGGACGAGAGCGAGGCGGCCGACCGUGGGAACAAAGCCGCGGCGGAAGGGCGAAGCGAUCGAACGUCGGCGGCUCACACGGCGAUCCGGUCGUCCGAGUCGACUCGGGUUCAUAGAAGCACAUCCCCACACACAUAUUACAAGAAUGACUGGUGUGAUCGAACACUAUCCUACGCUUCCACCGAAUCGUUUGUCAUCAAGCUCACCAUUAAAUCCUAUAUUUAUUGAGGAAUCCGAUGAAAUCGAUAACGGCGAUGAUUAUCGAUUUGAAGUUGCCCGUUUAGCGACCUUCAAGAACUGGCCAUGUUCGUGGGUAAAGCCAGAGGCACUCGCGGCCGCCGGGUUUUAUUACACUGGCGAAAGCGACAAGGUGACGUGUUUUGAGUGUAACAUAGAGAUAUGCGAAUGGCAAGCGGACGACAAUCCGAUGGUGGAUCAUCAACGGUGGUCCGGAAGGUGUAGGUUUAUUCGGAAUAUUCCGUGCGGCAACGUGCCGAUCGGCGCGGAUCCUAGCACGAUUCCGGAACCGGCGCCUAAAGGAAUGGACGUAUGUGGGCCUUACGGCCGUGCGAUAUACAUGCCUUAUUCUGGCCCAGACCACGAAGGGACAGAAGAAGAAAAAGUGAACUAUAAAUCGAUAGGGAUUGCCUCGAGACCGAAGCAUCCCGCGUAUGCCAGUUAUGCUACCAGAUUAGCUUCCUUCGACAGAUGGCCUAUAGCAAUGUCGCAAACUAAAGAGUCGCUGGCAACCGCUGGUUUCUUCUACACAGGAAGUGGUGAUCAAACGUUGUGCUAUCACUGCGGCGGAGGAUUGAGGGAUUGGGAGCCGCAAGAUGACCCCUGGAUAGAGCACGCCAAGUGGUUCGAAUACUGUCCUUAUCUGGUUUUAACUAAAGGGACGGAAUUUGUGAGCAACAUCACUGGGAGAAAGUAUAUCGCGACAGAAAACUCAGUUACUCAGUUGGAUGAGAAAGUUGGGAAAGAUACCGAGAGUAUUGCUAGCGGAAGCUCUCAAAACUCAACGACAUCUGAAGAAGCUAAUACUACAGAAGAAAGUGCUGAAUCAGGUGAGGCCAGAAGCGAAGAACAAUCUAUCGAAGGUGAAAAACCGUACUAUAAGGACGCAAGAUUAUGCAAAAUAUGCUACAAUAGAGAGGUACGGAUCGUGUUUAUGCCGUGCGGACAUUUAUUGGCGUGCGCGGAGUGUGCGAAAAAUAUGAGAAUAUGCGGCGUAUGUCGUAAGCCUGUUGAACGUACUGUACAAGUGUACCUCCCAUAGUGUCCUUAUCCGUGUGAUACAUCUGCAAAUUUUGCCCCCAAACUUUCUACUUCGUCAUUAUAAAGACUGAUAUUUGGACGCAAAACUGAAUGACAUGACUCGUGUAGCACACCGAUCAGCAGGUACAAACUAUGCAAUGUUAAAGCUCUCGUUAAUGAAACACCUAGCUUCACGGUUGUCAUGGUCUCAAUAGAACGGAUAUUCUGUUGUAAUACUAAGAAAUCGUGAAUGUAAUUUGUAAUCGUUGUACAAGUAAUAGAUGUUCCUAUAUUCAAAUAUAUAUAUGUAUAUGGCUAUGUAACCGAUAUUGCAAAAAUUGUUAGUGUGUGAAACACAUAUGGCAUAUCACAAAUUUUCAUAUUUGAACUAUUAAAUGGCGCAAAUAUAGGAAGUCGUUAAAAUCAGAACAGAUAGAUUGUACCUGCAACGGAAUGUUGCUAUUUGAAUGUUUUUGAGUUUAUAUUGUUGUUCACAAACGCGAUAUUUGCUGAAAAGAAUGCGCUGAGACGGUGAGAUAUGAACAAAGCGACCAUUGUAGGAGUACAAAUAGCAACACAACGCACGGAGUCUAGUCAUUUUUAGUUUAUAAUUUCGUAUGUAGAAUUCGACAUACGUGUCUAAGGUAAAGAAACGAAAGGCCCCUUUACAUAAACCGUCUAGCUGGGAGAAGGUCGAUAAAGUCCAGAUCGUGAUUCUUGACGCGCAAAUAUUUGUAUCAAUAUACAUAUUGUUUCUAAAAUUAUCGUCGGACGUUUCGAUCCGUAUUGAAUCUUCCUCAAUGACAAAGUGAGGAGCAAUAUAUUUUAAUGCAAAUAUUUUCGUAUCGAAUAUUUGUGGACUGACUUUAUUAUCCUUUCUAUAAACUAUAUAAUAAUAAAGAAUUUCAAUUUGCCAGUCUUUUCCUCAUUUUCGUAACCUGUUAGGCAUUCUUUGUUGUACUUUAUACAUAUUAAUGUACUGCAAAUUAUUAAACGCAUUAUUGUCUGUAAGUGUAAGAUAUUGUAACCUUAACAAA